AAGACCAAGAAGGUGAAGACUGACGAUGCUGCCACUGCGGCGGAAGACGAUGCGCCUCUAAAGGAAAAGAAAUCCAAGAAGGACAAGAAGGACAAGGAGAAGAAGAAGGACAAGAAGGAGAAAAAGGAGAAAAAGGAAAAGAAAGAGAAGAAGCGCAAGGAGAAGCAACUGGCAGAGCAGCAGAACGGCACCGCAGCAGCAGCAGACGGCGACUCUACGAAAUACCAACAGACCGCCGCCCUGGCCGCCGUGCCGCAAGCCGAGAUCGACACCUUUCUCAAGGACAACCACAUCACGAUCCACCCUUCCUCCCCGCUCCGCCCGAUCCUCAAGUUCGACCACCUCCCGACCUCCCGCCUCCUCGCCAAGAACCCCUUCAAGACCUUCACCACCCCGACCCCCAUCCAGGCCGCCUCCUGGCCCUUCUCCCUGUCCGGCCGCGACGUGAUCGGAAUCGCCGAGACCGGCUCCGGAAAGACGUACGCCUUCUCCCUCCCCUGCAUCGCGGCCCUCUCCUCUCUGCCCAAGAAGUCUGGCCGGGCGGGCGGUAGCGGCGCUGUUGUGAACGCCCGCGCCGUCAUCGUGUCGCCCACGCGCGAGCUCGCGAUGCAGACGCACGAGGCCAUCUCCACGCUCGCCUCGCUGGCAGGGCUCUCCGCGGUGUGCCUGUACGGCGGCGCGAGCAAGGACGAGCAGCGCAGCCUGCUGCGGCGGAGCGGCGGCGCGGACAUUGUGGUGGCGACGCCAGGGCGGCUCAAGGAUUUCCUGUCCGAGGGCUGCGUGGCGCUGGGCGAGGCGGCGUUUGUGGUUCUCGACGAGGCCGAUCGCAUGCUGGACAAGGGGUUCGAGGACGACAUCAAGGAGAUCAUCGGGGGGUGUCCGGCGCGGGAGGCGCGCCAGACGCUCAUGUUCACGGCGACGUGGCCUGACUCGGUGCGCGGCCUGGCUGAGAGCUUCAUGGUCGACCCUGUCAAGGUCAUCAUCAACAAGAACAGGCCCAACGGCGACGGCAGCGGGAACGGCACCGUCGAGCUGCAGGCGAACAGCCGCAUCGUGCAGACUGUCGAGGUCGUCGACCCGAGGGGUAAGGAGAGGAGGCUGCUGGAGAUUCUCAAGGAGAACCAGCGGGGCAAGGCGAGGAACGACAGGAUCCUCGUGUUUUGUCUGUACAAGAAGGAGACCACGCGUGUCGAGCAGUUCCUGCAGAGCCGGGGCGUCGAGGUCGUGGCCAUCCACGGCGACCUGCGCCAGGAGCAGAGGACGAGGAGUCUUGAGGCCUUCAAGGCCGGGACGACUAGCGUUUUGCUUGCUACAGAUGUGGCGGCGCGAGGCCUGGAUAUCCCAGAGGUGAAACUUGUCAUCAACCUUACGUUCCCUUUGACUAUUGAGGACUAUGUCCACCGCAUCGGCCGUACAGGUCGUGCCGGCAAGGAAGGCAAGGCCAUCACUCUUUUCACGGAGCACGACAAGGCACACUCUGGCUCAUUGAUCAACGUGCUCAAGGCCGCUGGUCAACCUGUUCCCGAGGAGCUGCUCAAGUUCGGCACAACCGUCAAGAAGAAGCAGCACGACGCCUACGGCGCAUUCUUCAAAAACGUAGACAUGAGCAAGAAGGCCACCAAGAUCACCUUUGACUAA